AUGAAAGCCGUAAUUGUUUUACUCAUAAGCUGCGCAUGCUUUGUGGACUGCAUUCCACCACCACACCCUGCUGUGGUUGCAGUCAGGCAAGAAGAAGAACUCCUUCCGGUUCAUUUACGAAGCCCGGCACUGCAUAAUCCCCAUCUGCAGGAAUUACUGCAAUUGACCAGUGUACUGCACAGUGGAGAGAAACCGGUUUACCAACGGGAGGCGGAUUUGGUCUCGCGCAGGGAAAUAUACAACAUCCUAACUCAUGCAGGACUAGUUCACCGCCAGCCAGGUCUUCCACCACCAACUUGCAGUUUCGUCGGAUUACACUACAUUGCUGAUGAUUCAAAGCACUGGUCGGAGAGAGCCACGCAGCAGCUUCUGCUGUUUCAACAA